GGAUUUUCCUACAAUAUUUUAACGCCAUAUGAAUUCUGCACGUGCUAUUCAAAGUAAUAUAUGAAGUUCAUGUUAUCUAAACUCCGUUAUCAGAAGGUUAAUACAUUAAGACUACCGAGAAGACACUGGAUAAAGAAGGAACAACACAAAAUGCACAAAGUUUCCAUCACUGCUAUUCUAUCAUGUCUGUUUUCUGUGUGUUUAUUCCUACAAGGUACAAAUGCACAGGAUUGCAUAACUCCCAAAGUACAGGCUUGCAGCACAAACGUAGCAGAGGCCGAAGCGUCAGCGGACCAGGGUAGAAUAUGCAGUAACAGUGCCGCCAUCGCCUUUUUGAAAUGCAUGAAUAAAGUUAUAACUGACUGCAACGUGCACCUCAGUAGUAGUAAAGUUAUAGAGCAGGCAAUCUACAGUUCCAAUUUGCUAAUGUCUCCAAUCACAUGCGGUACAAAUGGACGAGAUUGCACACCUCCCAAAUUACAGAUGUGUUUUCAAGACUUCCACACUGUGUCAGACUCAGCGGGUCAGGAUGAUACAAAUCUAUGCAGUGCCGCCAAUUCCUAUUUGACUUGCUCGAAUAACAUUGUCACUGACUGCAGCCUGAACCCUAGUAAAAGCUCAAUUGUAAGCCAGGCAAUUACCAUUACCAAAACUCAAUUGGCUACAGUCGGAUGUGGAGCCAGUGGAUUAGUGUACAGUAUCGUGGUCAUUGUUCUAGGAGUUUGUCUUCAAGGACUGUUUUAAAAAUCAUCACAACUCUGAACGUUUUACAAAUAUGUAUGUACAAAUAUCUUCCUAUUGUUUGUACUGAGGUUACCAUUAUAUCUCACUUAAGUAUUGUCCUUUUACUUAUUUCGAAUGUGUACUGUAUGAAUUGCAAGAUAAAACAUUCAUCUACA